GUUGUGACCGGGGAUGAUGGGCGUCGGUGCGGUGCAUACCGUACGCGGCUCAGUUCAUUCCCGUCCGUUAAAGCUGUCUGUUGUGUCUGGCGUUCGCUUCUUGUGUGAAAACGCUAGCGGUGGUGGUCGUCGUCGAUCGCAACUCAUCAUCGUAGAUCCAAAUGCAACUCAUCCUCCUGCAGUGACGUGUGACAUUCGUUGUGUUCGACGCUAUAUAGUGAGAUGCUUAUAUUAUCAGCUUAACCAGCCAGUGAUACGAUAGGUUCGCUGCUAGUGUUGUGUUACGUGUCUCUUCAAUACACCUAUGGGUGCAAAAUAAUUGCAUACCCAAAAACAGAACAAAAUGAUACCACGAGUGUUGCAAGUGAUCUUGCUACUGCACUGCCUGGUGCAGCUUAUCGCAGCGCAAGGCAACACGUGCUGCGAAUCGUACUGCUACAACGAUGAUACCGAGCGCAAGCAGGUGAAACAUUUUUCCACCAAAACCGUGUACGAGCUGGUACGUGCACCGGACACCGAUCGACAGCAUAUUGUGCCGAACUGUGUGCCGGUGAAAUUUUGGCUGCUCAGUCGCCAUGGUACGAGACUGCCGGGACGGGGCGAUAUCAUCGAGUUGCCGAAGCAGCUCAAGCUGCUGCAAGAUGCCAUCAUGGACAAUUACUUCACGCGUCGCACUCCUCCGGUCAGUGGUCGGAUGUGCGACGAGGAUUUGGAGAUGUUGCGCAAUUGGCGCUGGGAUCCGAACAUUACCGAGCAGUACGAUGCACACCUAACCGAGCAGGGCUGGGAAGAUCUGAAGUAUCUGGGGCUGCGCGCUAAGGAGAAAUAUUGGCAGGUGUUCGGUACCGGAUAUCAACCUUCCAAGUUUAUGUUCCGUCACACGAAAACCCAACGGACGGAGGCAAGUUUCAAGGCGUUCGCCGAAGGGCUGUUCGGCCGGGACGAGUCACAGAGGGUGAACCCGUCGCCAGCAACCGAACCGGACCUGCUGCUCAAACCCUACGACUACUGUGCGGACUUUGAAGCGAACAAGAACCGAGACGAGCGCGACGAAAGCUCGGAAGUGAACAAAUUUCUGCGCUCCGCCCUGUUCACCGGCACGGUGUGGGACAUUUCGCAGCGGCUCGGCUUCCGGCACAAUCUGAGUGUGGCGCAGGUGGAAGCGAUGUGGGACGCGUGCCGCUACGAGCAGGCGUGGCACAUUUCACGACCGAGCCCGUUCUGCACCGCGUUCACCGAGGAUCAGGUGCGGGUGCUGGAGUACAAGGAGGACCUGGCGUACUUUUACCGUACCAGCUACGGGUACGCGCAAAGCCAGGAUCUCGCGUGCCACGCGAUGUCCGACAUGCUGCGCCACCUCACUUCGCGCGACGACCCGUCGGUGGUGGCGUACUUUGCGCACGAUUCCGAAAUUCAGCUCAUGCUGGUGGCGCUCGGUGCGAAGCGUGAUACCACACCGAUACGGGCGGACAAUUUUCCGUUCAUGCGCAACCGCCAGUACACGACGAGCGACAUCCCGUUUACGGCAAACAUUGCCGCGGUCAAGUAUCAGUGCGCCGAACAGCGGGAACCGGAGAAGGUGCUUUUUUUCCUGAACGAGAAACCGCUCAUGUUUGACUGGUGCAACGUGGGGCUGUGCAACUGGUCGGAUGUGAAGCGCCAGUACCAAAGGUUUGCCGAAGCGAACUGCGAUCGGAUGUACUGUCCGGGCAGUGGUGCUCAAGCAACAUUCGGCGGUAACAUCGCUGUUGCUUUGAUGGCACUUCUAUUAGCGUCCGUACGACAUCUUACCUUGCAGUAGUAUUAUUUACGUAGCGGGCCGUACAGUUUAAAGGGUGGGGAGGGGGGGGGGGGGGGUUAUAGUUCGAAGUCCACCAACAAAUUGUCAUCGCGGCUUAUCGCGGUGAUGGUUUUGCUGAACAUACAAAGAAUAAAGUAUAUGCGCAUUUUCCUCUACAACACAA